UCGACAUCAGUUCCUCAACCGAACAACACAGACCAAGAUGUACAAAUUGGUGGUGUUGUCUGCUCUCCUCGCUGCGGCGGUGGCUACCCCAGGAGCAUUUAUUGCUCCAUACGCCCCGCUAACAUACACCUCUACGGUGGUAUCCCCAGCCACCACAACUAUCACAAACCAGGCCAGCAGUGUCAUCCACCCAUCACCUCUUGUGUACUCUUCACCCUUGGCGUACUCCGCAUACCCAGCUUACACGCACUUGAUCAAGAAGCGGUCUGCACCUUUAGCUGUCAGCACCUACCUCGCACGGUCAGCCUACGUAGCUCCAUGGACGACAUACUCUGCACCCAUCACGACCAUUGCUGCAUCGCCAAUCACCACUGCCUACAGUACUCCGUUCUACAGGACUGCCCCAGUACUGACCACCACGCAUUUCAUUAAAAAACGGUCUGCACCUAUUUUUCUGCCAUCUACCUACAUUGCACCAACUUACGCCCGUUUUCCCCUGGUAUCCACCUACACCGCAGCCUCACCUAUUAUCUCCACACCUCUGAUUUCCCACACUCCCAUUGCAUACUCUCACUUAAUUAAGAAGCGUUCAGUUGCCAUUCCUUUUAUCGCCCCAACAGCUUACUCACACACUUCCAGAGUAGACUUCCGGUCAACUCCAGCAGUAUCCACUUACACAACCUACUCCGCCCCUCUCACCUACUCCAGCCCAGUUAUUACCCACUUAUACUAAAUUUAAAAAUCCCAAGUAGAUUGCUGAAUCCCACUGCUGAAUUCCGACUGAAAACAUAAGUAAUGACAAAAUUUUCUUGCAACAAUAAUAGUAUUAAAAAAUGUACAUAAUACUUUUAGAUGAUGUUAAUAAAACCAGAGCGAACUAUAA